CAUUCCUCCAACUGAGGACAGAGAACAAGGACUGCAGCAACUUCUCAAACUUGCAUUGUAGGUUACUGCAGACUCUCUCAAACCGUGGUGUGUUACACUAGACUGGCUGCUUUACAUGGAUCUUAAUGGCCAACCAAACCCUUCCAAUAAUCAUUUUAUUUUACACUCAGAAGACCACUGAAUGCUGGCGUGGAUUGUGUUACUCAUGCCAGGAUACAACAACUAACAUGGAUUUUAUUGCAUUGCACGUAGCAGAUCACUGAGUUCUUGAAAGUGCUUUGUCAAAGGGAAGAACACGGAGUCUCCAAACCUAUCUGGGUGAGUAACUUAACUGAUAUUAUAAUUAUAUGAACCCAUUUACACACAUCAGCAACACACACUGUAGGGAUCACUAAACAUUUGCACAAAAAUGUAAUAAUAAACAAGGUUUUAAUCAGGACAGAUAUUUAGCUUUUAUUAAACUUGUUGAGUAACAUCUAAGGGGCUGCAGGUUGGACAGCCAUGGUGUACACCUUGGCAAUCGAGCUUGUGAAUGUAAACACAGAUUGCCCAAGUACUGUACAAUAUCUGAUAGCCUAUAGCAGUGAUUCGUAACCUUGGCAUCUCAGUGAGCAUCAUGGUUUAUGUAGGUUUGAUACAUCUGGGGAUGUUAAAUGUCACUGUCCUAUACAUAAUUGGAUACAAUACAAAACACUACAUUUCAACCUUCGACAGCAAGCAUGUCAAACUCGCGGCCCACAAGGACCAUCUUUGUGGCCUGGCGAGCCACGAGUACAUGUCUAAUGUUCCAAGCAGAGUAGGCACCUGCUUUCCCCACAUUACGGGUGCCUACCCUGCUAUCAUUUACCAGGCCGGGAGGAGAGGUCUCUGGUGGCAGCGGGAGCUCAGUGUACCAGCUCCUCACUGCUCCCUCGCGUGCGCCGACUGAAGUGAAGCCGGGCGCCGGAAUAUGACGUCAUAUUCCAGCAUCACUAAACUGUGCGCAGGAGCAGUGAGGAUCAGCAAGGACUCCAGGGAGAUGCUCCAAAAGGUAAGGAGCAAUAAAGAAAAGUGUGUGUGUGUGUGUGUGUGUCUGUCUGACAGUAUGUGUGUGUCUGACUGUGUCUGUCUGUGAGUGUGUCAGUGUCUGUAUGUGUGUGUGUCAGUGUCUGUGUGUGUGCCAGUGUCUGUCAGCAAGUAUGUGUGUCUGUCAGUGAGUGUGUGUGUCUGUAUGUGUGUCUGUGUGUGUCAGUAUGUGUGUGUCUGUCAGUGAGUAUGUGCCUGCGACCCACAUAAACUUAAACCUUAUGUGGCCCGUGCCACACUUUGAGUUUGACAUGCUUGUUCUGCAGACAUAGAAGUCCAUUUAAUUCUAUUGAAUAAGCUUUUCAUAUGAUCACUAUCUAUUAGAAAAACAUUUCAAAUGGUUAAGUUACAUAGUUACAUAGCUGUAAAGAGACAUGUGUCCAUCAAGUUCAGCCUUCAUCACAUAUGUUUUUGCUGUUGAUCCAAAAGAAGGCAAAAAACCUAGUCUGGGUUUAUCUUGAGAAGUCACCCAAAGUCUGCAAGUUUUUUGUAGAUAAAUCAUUUGAAUAAUUUCUUGCUAACAGAUUGUAAUAAUUUAAAAUGCUUAUCCAUAAGAAUGAAAUCAAGACCCCGGUUAGAAAUAUUACUAGCCAAACAGAUCAACUCCCAGUGUUUAAUACUCCCUAUUAGCAAUCAUUUAAUAACAAUUGCCAUUAAAAGGACCGAUGAAGUGGUCUAAGUGCCAGGUCCCUGUAAUUAUAACUCUGCGACUAAAAACAUUGCCGACUUGCAGGAACUGCAAUGUUUUUAUUUCUUGCGUUAGUUAAACUUGGCUGUUUAAAUCAGAUGGUCUCAUAGAGACCAUUUGAUUGGCCUGGUGUGGUAUUUUUCUGUACAUUCACACUAGCCUCCCACUGUCUCCCUAUGGGAAAAACUGAUUGGGAUCAACUAUACAGAUUAUCUCAGAAGCAAAGUGCGAUCCUGGAGAUCGGUGUGGCAAUAGGUGAAAGGUCUUGGGACACAGUAGCAUUAGGAAUACAUGUUUGUAUUAUAGUGUUCUUUUCAGUUUGCCUAUGGAACUGGCUUAAAUGACAAAGUGUAUGUACUAGGAAACCCUGCUGUAGACUACUAAGGCUUUAUUGAAACAAUAGAAGUCACUGAAGCUCCGCACAUGUCCUUGGUGCUGUGCAUCUUUUUACUCUGAGUAUAUUCUUCCAUCAGCAGAUAGUCCAAUGUGCGCAUUGCCCAUCAGAGGAAGAACAUGACCGCUGUGGUGUGUUUGGGCUCUAUCUCUGGUAUCAGAGCACUGUGGGAAGGCAGGAUACAGAGACAUCAGGAGGAACUGAAAGCAGAGAGAGAAAAAAGAGGAAAACUUUCAGUGGGAGAGUGAGUAGCUGUGUUAUCUUGUUUCUUCACUGUAUAUUUACCAGGCAUGUGAAUGUUCAUGUGAAAUAUGUGAUCCUUUAUGGUAAUGUCCAGGAAUGGACAUAUAGUUAGAAUGAUUUACUAGACUAGGAGUAAGUUGAAAUGUGAAUGGCAAACUUCAGGCUUAAAAAGCUACCACUGUCCAAAUAUAAUAUACUAGUAAAGGAACACUAUUGAUCUAGACAAACAUAUCCUGCAUAUAAUUGUUGCUAUAGUAGACACAGGUACAAUAAUUUUGAUUUCACUAGGUGCCAACCCGUUUGAUGUGAUACUGUAAUAGAAGUGUUAUUGCAUGGUCACUUUAAAGUCUUUGUGAGACAAGCUUGGUAUCUGCCUAGAAAUUUAGGUACAUAUUAGUAUUUAUUAUAUUAUAGUAUUUUUAAAUGUAAAUUUUGGAAAUAGUAAUAAUUUGUAGAAAUUGGGCUCCUUUUGUCUGAAAUCACUCUGAUCUCAACAGAAUUUCAAAUGUGUGGGAGAAUCGGAUUCAACUAUCUAAACUGAGAGAGAAGGUCUUUAAUGAGGAGGGAAGAUUAAUUUUAAGGAUUGAAAAGGAAGAAUGGAAGGUAAACCAAUGAGUGGGGUUAUAAUACAGAGAAUACGCAUGUAUAGAAUUGUUUUAAAAUUGUGUAGAUGUGCAGAUGGAUUCAUUUCUAACCAAUCAUUCUUGUCCAAGACCUCAUUUGGGGUUCUUACACUCAAGAAGUCUUAAGUAUAGAUAAAGUACAACUCAAGAGCAUUUCUCUCUGCUUCUGGUAGAAAUACUUGUAAAAAUUGUUAUUCUCCAAAUGAUUCAAGGACUUCCCUUGAUUUCAUUCCUUAGUAACUUGAAUUGUAAAUCAACUCCGAAGCACAUCUCUCGGGAAAUAUAUAACGUUUCCAAUAAACAACUUCCUUCACUAAACUGCCAGAAUAAUUUGCAGUAGACUCAUUUACAUCCCAGCUGCCAGAUUUUCAUCAUAGUAUGAAAGUUGUACUGAGUAAGGCUAUAUUUGUAUGUGAAGUGAUAACUCCAACUUAAUUACGAAGCAUUAUCACUUCUUGAAUGCACUCACCCCCUACAGAAUUGAAUAGAUCUUUCAUACUAUGUUGCAUAUACAGUACAUACACAUACAUGCAGGUUUUAUUUAGAAGAGAAAGCAAAAAGAAAUAAAAGUAAUAAUAAAAAAGAGAGGGAGAAAUGCACAAAAGGCUAGUUAUAAACCCUCCCUUAUGGAUAACUCCUCCCUCACAGGACAAGAAUUAAUUAGAUUAAUAAAUUAGACUGAUAGAUAUAAAUAGUCCCUCCUCCCCAGGGGCGUACCUAGAGCAUUUGGCACCCGGGGCGGAUCCUGUGCUUGGCACCCCCUUAAAGCCCCGCCCUCAGCGCCAGUGUGGCUCCGCCUCCGAUUUUGCUUAGAUCCGCCCCACUUUUCCUCCGUGCGGCCACUUUAUCAGCUGUUUGCUUGUGUGAGCUGUACUGGCCUAAGUACCCUAAGUACCAUGGGGCAUUGUGCGGCCACAGCUCACACAGCCCCCUCCAGCCAGGGCAAGGAUUUUUGCCGCCCUAGGCAAAAGUAAAGUUUGCCGCCCCCCAUGUGACAUCACAAUGCCCCACCCAUAUGAUUUGCCAUGUUAUCUAACGCCAGUGCUGCAGUGCCGCCGUGUUUACAUUAAAAGGCCUGCAGGGACAGGCUAUAGAUACCAGAACCAUUACAUUAAGCUGCAGUGGUUCUGGGGACUAUAGUGUUACUUUAAUGUGAGGUAAAUUAGAGAUUAGUGCCACGAAUAAUAUACUAGAUUGCCUACUUACAACCAGAUGAGGAUGAUGAUGGGCUCUAGCUGCAGUCUGGCUCCACUGGUCUGGUGUAGAAUAGGCUCUCUGGAGGCGGUUUGUAACUGUGGUCACAAAAAUAAUCAAUGUUCUGGGAAACGGGAAGCAGCUCCAUUUUUUGGGGGCCCUUUACACAGCUCAAGGUCUGGGUCCCAGGGUCCACCUUCAUGUUCCACCAAUGAGUUUGUUCACAGGGGGUGGAGUGUGUAGGGGAUGUCCUGAUAUGUGUGUAAGGAAUGCAUUGUGUGAAUCGGUGUUUGUGUGUGUAAGGGCUGCAAGGUGUGUUUCUGUGUAUGUACAGGAUGCAUUGUGUGUGUGUAAUGAAUGCAUUGUGUGUGUCUGUGUGUGUAAUGCAGUGUGUGUAAUGCAUUGCGUGUUUUUCUGUGUGCAAGGGGUGCAUUGUGUGUGAUGAAUGUCAAUCUCCCCCCCUCCAAUUUCCUUCUCCCCCCUCCAAUUUCUUUCUUUAUCCCCCCUCUCCAAUUUCCUUCCCCCAUCUCUCCUUAUCAUCCCCCUCUCCUUAUCACCCACCCCAAUCUUUCCUUAUCAUCCCCCUCUCUCCUUAUCACCCACCCUAAUCUCUCCUUAUCACCCACCCCAAUCUCUCCUGAUCAUCCCCCCAUCUCUCCAUAUCAUCCCCAUCUCUCAUAUCAUUCCCCCAAUCUCAUCUUAUCACCCACCCAAUCUCUCCUUUUCAUCCCCCCUCUCCUUAUCACCCACCCUAAUCUCUCCAUAUCACCCACCCCAAUCUCUCCUUAUCACCCAAUCUCUCUGAUCAUCCCCAUCUCUCAUAUGUCCCCAUCUCUCCUUAUCAUCCCCCCAUCUCCUUAUCACCCACCCAAUCCUCUCCUUAUCCACCCACCCCAAUCUCUCCUGAUCAUCCCCCAUCUCUCCUUAUCAUCCCCCUCUCCAUAUCCACCCCCCAUCUCUCCUUAUCACCCCCAUCUUUCCAUAUCAUCCCCCCAUCUCCUCCAUAUCAUCCCCAUCUCUCCAUAUCAUCCCAUCUCUCCUGUCAUCCCCAUCUCUCCAUAUCAUCCCCAUCUCCUUAUCGUCCCCCUCUCUCCUUAUCAUCCCCAAUCUCUUAUCACCCCCCAAUCUCCUUAUCAUCCGCCCCACAAAUUUGUUGUGGCGUGGCGAGGCCCUCUAUUGAGUUUGGUGCAGGGAGCAUCUGUCUCCUGUACCCGGCGGACUAAUAGGAAGUGCACACAGUGUGCACUUCCUGUUAUUCCGGCCGGGUACAGGAGAAAGAUGCUCCCUGUACCCGCGGACCAAUAGAGGGCUCGGCCACGCUACAGGGAGGGGCUGACAGGAGGGAGCGCUGAGCGCUUCCCUCCUGUCAGCCCCUCUCCUCAGGCUGUGCCCGGGCAGGCAAAGCUGCAGCCGCCUGAGGCUCUCUGCAGAGCGCUCGGGCGGCUGCAGCAUGGGGGGACUCUCUAUACCUAUUAGUCUAAUUAAUCUAAAUAAUUCCUUCCUGUGGCUGCUAAGGGAGGAGCUACUCAUAAGUGAUGCUGCCAUGACUAGCCAGGAAACAGGAAUUUAAAGCAUCAUUUAUUCAAGAACAGAUUUUCCUACCUGCUUUCCAUAAAUCGUAUAGUCAAUACAUUAAAAUCAAUAAAUACAUAUAAACUAGGCUUUUAUUUGCUUUGCCAAUUCAUUGGAUCUCAUUAAAAUCAAUAGAAGUCCUACACAAAUGUACAUAUCCUCCUUAUAUUAAUGAAAUCUGGAUACUUAUUCAAAUCUUGUUUAUAUGUUUUAUAUUUUUACAUCCAGUGGCUAAAAUGAUGCUGGGCAUAUUUUCAGUGAUUUCAAAGCUUUUACAUUAUUUCUGUGCAGCAAUUUUUUUAUUAUCUCUUCUCCACUGCAGACUUUGCCGGCAUGUUUAGUAAAGCUCCAACAUCUCCAAGAGUGGCAGAUACACCGCACUGGUCUAACGGUGAUACCUACGUUCAUUUCAAACUUUACUAAUCUAUUGGUCCUGGAUUUAUCACGGAAUGCAAUAACUAAAAUUCCACGGGAAAUUGGUGAGUCUUGAACAAUUUAAUCAAACAACACAAGCGUGGUGGCCAUAGGCGUGCGCACGGGGUGUGCCGGCUAUCUGAGCGCCGGCUCUGCUCUCAGCCUCCCUCCCCACCG